AUGGACUCCAUGCGAUCAUUGAACACCUCUUUGCCGAGCUCGACGCCUCGCACACAACCCCCGGAGCAACUUCUUCAGCAGUUCAAGGCAGCGGCCCUGUCCGUCACCAACCUAUACAAGAAUGCAGUGUGCGAGCAAGCCCAGGCGCGAUCAGCUGGAUAUCAAGAGGCAGUAGAGGAUCUACUGCACUUCCUUGACCGCGAGAAUCUUGGACUUGGCGAUGGAGAGGGGUGGAAGGUCCGACAAUGGGCAACGGAGAGGUGUGAUGGGACUGCAUCCCAGACCAGCGACGAGGAUACAGAGACCGACAAGCGGGACCGGAGUACCACACCAACCGCUCCGCGGAAGGAGCCAUCCCCCGCCGAGCAAACUCGCCAACCUUCGACCUCGGCUCAAACGCCCACACCCAAGCCUGAACAGUCCACACCCCCCACACAAUCCCAUGAAACACCCUCACUUGCCACGCCCGCCAUCUUCACUUUCUCUGCUGGUCCAGCGUACCCCGAACUCGACAUGGAUGUGCAAUCCGAUAACUCCGCUACAACUACGCAAGACGGUGCCCCUGUGAGCGUUUCUGUCAUGCCACGCAACACUCGCCCGCACCAUCGCCACAACAACCUUGCACGAUCAAACCCACGUCCAUCCCCACGAGAGUCCCCCGCUAGCAUCGGCUCAAAAAGGAAAUUUACUUUCCCUGACUUCUUUGACUUAUCGGGACUCAACAACGGCCGAGAUAUGGGCGGAGGAGGGAAACGAGGCCGCUUCACCUAG